AGCCUAGCAUGCUAGCGAGCAGUGUGAACAUUCCAAACUGUCCGCGACUCCUGCUUGUUAGCAAGGCUGCUGCCACUUCACUCCACUCCACUCCACCAACUCUUGGAAUAAUCAUCGUAACACAACUCCUUUCAUCAUUCGAACAACACAACUCGUCCGUCUUCGGCUACCUCGACGUGGCGGCCGAGCAGCAGGAAUAAUGGCGACAGCAGUUUGCUGAUUCCUUUGGACGGCGCCUCCAUGGACACGCAGUCCACCUACUCGGGAUAUUCCUGCCAUUCGGAGCGCUCGCGGGACCAUCGGCACGGAGAGAGAAGUCGGGACCGCCACAAGUCACGCAGCAAAGAUGGCCAGUUGGAUAAAUCAGUAACAAUCCAGCCGGCGCCCAGGGAUCCGUUGUUGGGUGAUGCUGGUGCUCGGGGAGAGCACGUUCAGGAUGACACGUGGGGCGAGACCACCACAGCCAUCACGUCGGAGCGCAGCCUGUCCCGGGAGGACGUGGCGCGCAUCGCCAAGGACCUGGAGGACAGCGUGGGGCUGGACUGCCGCCGCUGCUCAACGCUGGCCCUCGCCGCCGUCCUGGGGGUCCUGGUGUUCCUCACGCCACCCGCCUUCCUGGCGCUGCCCCACCUGCUGUGGCCCGAGAAGCUGCGGAGCUGCGGCACGGCCUGCGAGGGCCUCUUCAUCUCCGUGGCCUUCAAGAUGCUCAUCCUGAUGCUCGCCGUCUGGGCCCUCUUCUUCCGAGCGCCGCGCACCGGCCUCCCGCGCCUCUUCGUGUUGCGUGCCCUCCUCGCCGUCCUCGUGCUGCUGUUGGUGCUCUGCUACUGGUUGUUCUACGCCGUAAGGAUCCUCCACUCACAGGAUGAGGACUACCGAGGCAUUGUCCAGUUCGCCGUUUCGCUGGUGGACGCUCUGCUCUUCAUCCACUACCUGGCUGUGGUGCUGCUGGAGCUCCGCCAGCUGCGGCCAUGUUUCUCCGUGUGCGUCACACGCUCCACCGACGGCCACACCAGACACUACGACCUGGGCCGGCUCAGCAUCCAGCGAGCGGCCUCGGCCGUCCUGGAACGCUACUAUUCCCAUUUCCCCAUCCACAACCCGGCUCGGAUCGCCGCUUCCAAGUCCCGCACCGCCAAACACCUGGCCGGUCUUAAGGUGUAUGAAGUGGAUGGAGACUUCCCAGCUGCCUCCACUGAAGGCCCACCAGGGAAUAACGCCAGAGCAGGACUAGGACACUCCCAGUCCAGGGCCAUGAUCGCUGCCGCCGCCCGUCACCGAGACGCCGGUCACAACGAGCUCUACUAUGAGGAGGCGGAGCAUGAGAGGCGUGUACGCAAACGUAGAGCCAGGCUGGUGGUGGCCGUAGAAGAGGCCUUCGCUCACAUCAAGCAGGUGCAGGAGGAAGAGGAGGAGGAGGAGAAGAAGAAGAAAGCUCCGGGAGACGCGAUGGACCCGCGAGAGGCGGCCCAAGCCAUCUUCCCGUCCAUGGCACGGGCCCUGCAGAAGUACCUGAGGAGCACCGAGCAGCAGCACUGCCACAGCAUGGAGACCAUCCAGCAGCACCUGGCCUUCUGCAUCCGCAACAACAUGUCCCCCCAGGCCUUCCUGGAGAGCUACCUGACGCCGGGCCCCGUCCUGCGGUACGCUCAGGACGGCCGCCCCACGUGUCGCUGGACACUACUCAGCGAGGCGUCGGUCACGGGCGGCCUGAAGGACGGCACCGUCUUCCUGCUCAGGUGCGUGGACUUCAGCCUGGUGGUGAGCGUCAAGGAGAUCCCCUACAUCCGCAUGUCGGAGGAGUACGUCGACCCCAAGUCCCACAAGUUUGUCCUGCGCCUGCAGUCCGAAACCUCGGUAUAGCUACAUUUUUUUUUCUUACUUUUUAUGCAGCUGCACACUUUUUACCCCAACUUGUGGGAAUCCAUGCUGGAUUUAUACGCCACCGUCAAGCGGAUUGUUACUCAAUUUCAACAUCUUUGUUCUUCGCUGGUAAUGCUUUAUCCUCACGCAUUAUGGUCCUUGAACGCACCACGGUGGCAGGGAGAUGCCAAAGUGUAGGACUUCUAUAAACGUCUGCUGUCAUUUUCACCAAAAUGAUCAAUAUGGUGGUCAAUAUUCAAAGAGAAAAAAAGCUCGCUAACGACCAAGCAGAAUUGUACGAGAAUAACUUUGUGAUAUUUUGAGGAAAAAUAUCAUUUUAGGAGCACAAUUUUGAAAUAGAAAAAUUAUAUUUUUUAUGUAACGUUAUGAGAAACAAAACAACAAAUAGAGUUUGAAUAUUUUGGGAAUAAAGUCAAAAUAUCAGGAGAAGAAAGUUGCAAUAGUUGGAACAUUUUAAUUUCAAAAAAAUGCAAAAAUGGGGGGGGGGGGGACCAUUUUACCAGAAGAAGGUUAUAAAAAUAUUUUUACAAGAUAAAAAAUUCUAACCAAAAAAACAAAAAAUAAGCUUGCGUAUGAAAGAUUAUACCACCUCCUGGUAGGCACUGAACAGAAACUCUCCUUUUGGGGGGUCCCAAAACCCCCAAAAUAGUUUAUCAGGAGAAUAAAGGAUUUUUGUUAAUGUUUGACUUUCCUUCUAUGUUCAUGAAAAAAAAAAAAAAACAAGACGCAAAGGUGGGAUCUGGACCAUAUUUUGCGGGGGGGUAUUUGGGUAUUUGGUCCAUUUCCAGUUUUGCUUCCAUCAUGGGCCAAUCGGCAAUAAGCUGCGGGCUGUAAACGGCCCCCGGUCCAGUGCCUUGUCGUAACAGCGCGUUUGGACCUCAAACCGACGGGGAAACGAAGCCCAUCACUCGACGGUGCGCCUGUCGCCCCUCAUCUGUCGCCGCCUCGGCGGUCCCGUGCGGGUCCGGGAUGAGGCCGACGGAGGGAAAUGAACAUUUGCAUGCAAAUGGAAAGCUUGUCCUCUCCUAUUUCUUUGGUAAUGACUCGGAUACGUGCCGACGGAUGCGUCUCCCGCUGCUUCAUCUCCGCUCUGAUUGGAUUCCUCUUUGUCUCCUGGUCCCGCCAAAACUCCGCUGUCGGCUCGUCUGGAGUCCCCGCCGCCGCCGACGCUGAAUGAAUAUGAUCGUCCAUGGUGACGCGUGGAUUUCUUCAAUCCGGUCUUUGAACACAAACCUUUUACCAGCGAAGGUUACAUCGUGUAAAAAGUCUUUUUAUUUGUAAAAAGAUGAUUGAUUAUGAUGAGAAACUAAACAAAACACAAUCAAGUUGUCAUUUUUGGAAAAUUUGGUUGGGCAAAAAGUUAGAAUAUUAUGAGAAUCAAGUCCAAAUAUUCUAGGAAUAAAGUCAUUAAUAAAUUCACAAGAAGUGAGGUCAAACUAUUUAAAAAAAAUUAAUUAAAUUAAAAAAAUUUAAAGCAACAACAACAGGGGGAAAUGGCGGCCAUUUUACAAGUAAAAGUAGUGUAAACAGUAUUUUUAUUUGUGAAAAGAUGAUUGAUUAUGAUGAGAAACUAAACAAAACACAAUCAAGUUGUCAUUUUUGGAAAUUUUGGUUUGGCAAAAAGUUAGAAUAUUAUGAGAAUCAAGUCCAAAUAUUCUAGGAAUAAAGUCAUUAAUAAAUUCACAAGAAGUGAGGUCAAACUAUUUAAAAAAAAUUAAAAAUAAUUAAAUAAAAAAAUUUAAAGCAACAACAACAACAACAGGGGAAAAUGGUGGCCAUUUUACAAGUAAAAGUAGUGUAAAAAGUAUUUUUAUUUGUAAAAAGGUGAUUUUUCAGGGUUAGAUGAGAAACUAAACAAAACACAAUCAAGUUGUCAUUUUUGGAAAAUUUGGUUAGAAUAUUAUGAGAAUCAAGUCCAAAUAUUCUAGGAAUAAAGUCAUUAAUAAAUUCACAAGAAGUGAGGUCAAACUAUUUAAAAAAAUAAUAAAAUUAAUUAAAUAAAAUUGUUUUAAAAAGCAACAACAACAAGGGGAAAUGGCGGCCAUUUUACAAGAAGAAGAUGAUUUUUGAACAUUUUUGAAUGUUGCAAGGGCGGUAAGGCGGUCGAGUGGUUAGCGCGCAGACCUCACAGCCAGGAGACCAGGGUUCAAUUCCACCCUUGGCCAUCUCUGUGUGGAGUUUGCAUGUUCUCCCCGUGGGUUUUCUCCCGGUACUCCGGUUUCCUCCCACAUUCCAAAAACAUGCUAGGUUAAUUAGCGACUCCAAAUUGUCCAUAGGUAUGAAUGUGAGUGUGAAUGGUUGUUUGUCUAUAUGUGCCCUGUGAUUGGCUGGACACCCUUGUGAGGAAAAGCGGUAGAAAAUGAAUGAAUGAAUGAAUGAAUGAAUGUUGCAAUAUGAUGACUUAGGUUGGGCAAUACGAUGAGAAUCAAGCGAAGUGUUCAUUUCCAUUUCUCUCCUCGCUGUGUCGUCGCGUGUGUCUUUUCAAAUACUGAUUUCGUCUGAACGCUUUGCCGCAGACGGAGCAGUUGAAAGGUUUCUCGCCGGUGUGUUUCCUCAUGUGUGUUUUCAAAGUAUCGUUUUGCACGAAAGCCGCGCCGCACACUGAGCAGGGAAAGGGUUUCUCUCCGCUGUGUAUCCUUCUGUGCGCUGUCAAAUUGGACUUUUCCGAGAAGGUUUUGCCACAAACUGAGCACACGAAGGGUUUCUCUCCAGUGUGGACUCUCAUGUGUUUUUUUAAACUGUGGUUCUGUACAAAGGCCACACGGCACACCGGACAGGAAAAUGCUUUCUCCCCCGUGUGUGUCUUCAUGUGUCUCACAAGAGUCGUUCGGUCAUAAGAGCCUCUGUUGCAGAUGGAGCAGGAAUAUGGUUUCUCUCCGGUGUGUAUUCUCAUGUGCGUGGUUAAGUUGGACUUUUGAGAGAAGCUUUUACCGCACACCGAACACGUAAAAGGUUUCUCUCCGGUGUGCGUCCUCGAGUGGAUUUUCAAAUCCUGAUUUCGCCGGCAACUCACGCCGCACACGGAACAAGUGAAAGGUUUUUCUCCGGUGUGUAUUCUCGCGUGUGUCGUCAAACUGCCUUUCUGAGUGAAAGCUUUACCGCACACUGAGCACACAAAGGGUUUCUCUCCUGUGUGGGUUCUCACGUGCCUCUCCAGGGUGGACUUGUUGACAAAGGUCUCGCCACACCGGGAGCAUUUCCGACAUGCGGUGUCAUCAUCGGUGUCCGGGGAGCGUGACCACGCAUCGUCGCCGUUUGACGGCGUCGCCGAGAGGUCGUCUGCUUCAUUGCCGCUUUGAAGCUCCUCCUCCUCAUCUUCACUCUUCACCUGGACCACAAACACUGGGAGCUCCUCCACUCCUUCGAAACGCUCGUCGCUGUGAUCCUCCUCUUCCUCUUUCAUGUGGGGGGGCUGUGGCUCCCACUUUUCCUUCUUAAUGCGGGGGGGCUGUUGCUCCCACUUUUCCUCAAUGUGGGGGGGCUGUGGCACCCACUCCUUCUCCUUACUGUGGGGGAACUGCGGCUCCUCUUUUUCCUCCUCCUGCUGCUGAGGAAGAUCUUCUUUACAGACGUCUGCAGGGCAGAAAAGUGAAAGUGAAAGUAGCUUUUGGUAGAAGUCAAGACUCGGUCACCUGCCUGGCGGUGUCCCGGAGCGUGUGAUGGAAGAAGGAUGCUUGACCAAUAGUAACUAUGUACCAAUAGUAACUAUGUACCAAU